AUGGCAUCUGAAGCAACAUCUCAGUCAAAAGGGAAAGGCAAAGGGUAUUUCACUUGGACUCCUGAAAUGGAUCGUGUAAUGGGCACUUGUUUUAUUGACCAAAACCAAGGAAACAAAUUGGAUGGUAAAUGUGCAUGGAAAACAGUAGCCUACACCGCAGUAAUGAAUGCUUUAUUCGAUAAACUCAAUAUAUCUGUGACAAAGGCUAAUAUUAUAUCUCGUUUCAAGACAUGGGAGAAACACUAUGACAUCUUAUACCCACUGCUCCAGUCCUGUAACUUUGGGCCUACGAUAAUAUGGGACUACUCUAGAGGUAGAAUUGAUGUUCGUGAUGAGGAUGUAUGGAAUGCUCAAGUAAGUGAGAAUCCAAAAAUUCUUCCUUAUAGAAAAAAAAUUGUAGUUGAAAAUUGGGAGGAUAUCUGUACACUAUUUUCACAAGAUCGUGCAAAUGGAGAGGGUGCCCAAACUGUUUUUGAGGCUAAUGCUGAAACUGAAGUUGAAGAGUCUGCUAAUGUAGAGGAAUCUUUUGAGACUGAUUCACGAUCUUUAGAAAAUGAAGUUAUGAAUGCACUGCUAGCUCGACAACGGUCAAAAUCAAAAGCUUCAUCUUCAACAAAUGAUCGUGGCACAAAGAGAAAACUAACGAGCUCUCAAGUACUUUACAAGGUGUUGGGACGAAUGACAGAUUCACUGGAUAAGUACUUAAAUUCAGAAUGCUCAAAAGUUACAACUAAAAUGGUGGAAGACGAGUUAUCUAAAAUUGAAUUGGAUAGAUUUCAAUUGUUGAAGGUGGAAGUUGUUUUUGUCGAAGAAGUUGAGCUGAUUGCUGGAAGCCCAAGUAGAGCAAUGCUACAUAAACUAGCCCCAUCAUUUCCUCCCAAAGUUUGUGCAUCAGAUUUUGCUGAAGAGGCCGCUUCACUCUUCAAAUGGAAAUCCAAUUUUGCAAACAAGGAUAGUUCCCUCUUCAUUUCGUGGAAUGUACCGCCAACCAAAGCCAAGAAUUCUUCCAGCCCCUGCACUUGGGCUGGUGUUUCAUGCAAUGUUGAUGGAAGUGUCAACAGAUUGAACCUCACAAAUUCCAGUGUCAACUCUACACUCUAUGACUUCCCAUUUUCAUCCUUGCCAAAUCUUGAAUAUGUUGAUCUGUCGAUGAAUGAACUUUUAGGCAGCAUACCAGCCCAGAUUGGCAAUCUCUCCAAGCUCAUAUAUCUCGAUUUCUCGUUCAAUCAGCUGUCACGAGAAAUCCCACCCGAAAUUGGGUUGUUACGAUAUCUUCAAGUCCUCCAUCUGAACGAAAAUCACCUGUCCGGUCCAAUUCCGGAGGAAUUAAGCCAUUUAGUCUGUCUUACUGAGCUUGUUUUGAAUACCAAUAACAUCAGUGGCACAAUUUCAUCUUCCUUGGUAAAUCUGGGAAACUUGACAUACUUGUCUUUGUAUGAAAACCUAUUAUCAGGUUCCAUUCCUCCAGAAAUAGGAAACCUAUCCAAUCUUGUCACUGCCUUUUUGAGCUCUAACCUUCUUACAGUUGAGUUAGGGCAGUUGAAAUCAGUUCAAAUUUUGAGCUUGUUCGGAAAUAAUCUCAUUGGCAAAAUUCCAACAUCACUGGGUAAUCUGACAAAUUUGACUGUCCUCCAUCUCUAUGAUAACCAACUCUCAGGCUCAAUUCCUGAAGAGUUGGACAACCUAGAGCUACUUACAGAUUUGGAACUAGAACUGAACGGUUCUAUUCCUAAAUCAUUUGGUGAUCCGAGCAACCUGGAAUCUCUGUUUCUGCGUGAAAACCAGCUUUCUGGUUCCAUUCCAGAGGAGCUUGGGAAGUUGGCAAAGUUGGCUGUGAUGGAAAUGGAUACAAAUCAAUUCUCUGGUCAUCUGCCAGAACAUCUUUGCCAAAAUGGAACACUUCAAAACUUCACGGUAAGCAACAACAGGCUGACCGGUCCAAUCCCUAUAAGCUUGCAAAAUUGCUCGAGUUUAUUCAGAGCUCGAUUUCAGGGAAACCAGCUGACUGGGAACCUGUCAGAGAUGUUUGGUAUCUAUCCAAACUUGAAUUUCGUGGAUCUUAGUAACAAUGAAUUCUAUGGCGGACUUUCUGGCAACUGGGGUAGAUGCCCAAACUUGGCAGCACUAUUUCUUGCAGAUAAUCACAUCACAGGUCAGAUCCCUUCAGAGCUGGGAAAUGCAUCUCAACUUCAUGUACUUGAUUUGUCUUCCAAUGACUUUACUGGGGAAAUUCCAAGGCAAGUUAUGAUGUUGGCUUCUAUGCUCAAUCUGUAUCUACAAAAUAACCAACUUUUUGGCAAUAUACCUGAAGAAGUAGGUCAGCUCAAAAAUCUGCUUCAUCUUGACCUGUCAGCAAAUUUCUUGCGUCGAUCUAUCCCAGAAAAUUUUGGAGGUUUCCAGCAAUUAUUUUACCUGAAUUUGAGCAACAACAACUUGAGUCAACAGAUUCCACCUCAGAUGGGUGAGUUAACCCGACUUUCUAUCUCAGGAGAAAUACCAUCUGAAUUCAGAAGUUUACAGAGUCUAGAGAUAUUGAACCUUUCCCAUAAUUACCUCUCUGGUUUCCUUCCAAAGGCUUUGGCAGAGCUGCCUGGUUCUUUGCAUAUUAACAUAUCUUUCAAUAACUUUGAGGUCCAAUUCCUUACGGUAAAGCCUUUAAAAAUAUCACCAUAG